AUGGUAAGUCACUUCGUUCGUAUAUCAUACGACGAAGUCAGCGUUAGCCAUCCAGAUGCCAUUGCGAAGAUCCUCGUAGCUCCUCUACACAAGGCAAACUGGUACAAAAUCCAUGCUCUACCAGACUACCGCUUCCAAUCACCCAUGAGCACCACCGACCCCAAGAAGAAGAUCGAGAAAUCAAAAUACAUAGCCGCAGCAUAUACCGUCUCCAACCUCCUCCGCUCCGAAGAGCACAUUGACCGUACCUUCGAAUCCUUCCUCGACUGGAUGGACAAAUACGCAUCCGCGAAAAAACCAAUGCAUCUCAACACCUACAUCUCCUACCUAACCUUCGACGUAAUCGGCGAAAUCGUCUUCUCCAAACCCUUCGGCUUCCUCGCCCAAGGCAAAGACAUCGAUAACUCCAUCUCAAAUUCCCUAGCCCUCAACGCGUAUAUCGCUGUAGCAGGUUACUCUCGCUGGAUCAACAUCGCCCUGUUGGCGAACCCCAUUAUGACAUGGUUGUCCAUCUUACCUAUGGGCCACCUCUUCGAUACUGUCACGUCUGUGUUAGCCGAUCGAGAGAAGAAUGAGAAUGUAAGGUAUGAUGCUGUUCAGUACUGGUUUAAGCAGCACGAGAAGCAUCCGGAUAAGUUUACUAUACGCGAGAUUGGUACGCAGGCGCUUGCAGCUGUGGGAGCCGGGUCGGAUACGGUGGCUGCGGGGAUACAGUCUUUUAUUUAUCAUAUGAUUCGGCAUGAGAACGCGUGGGAGCGAGCGCAUGGGGAGGUUGUGAAAGCAGUAGAGAAGGGGUUGUGCGGGGAUCGGGUGGUAUCUUAUGCUGAUACACAGCAGCUUGUUUUCGUACAAGCUUGCGUAAAAGAAGCGCUUCGCAUCUUCGGUCCAGUGCCUAUGGGUCUUCCGCGUAUAGCGCCUAAGGGAGGCUUGACGUUUGGCGAUCGCACUAUACCCGAGAAUACGAUCGUAUCAAUCAAUCCAUGGGCGAUGCACUACUCGAAGGAGAUUUGGGGUGCCGAUGCGCAUGUGUUCAAUCCAGAUCGCUGGUUAGCAGAGGAUAGCACUACGAAGGAGAAGUAUUGGAUACCUUUUGGUGCAGGUUACAGCGGCUGUCCAGGCCAAAACAUCGCUAAGAUUGAACUCGCGAAGAUCGCAGCGACGUUAGUCAGAGACUACAAGAUCAAGCAAGUAGACCCUACGCAAGACUGGCAGUGGAAAGCCUACUUCACGGUUGUCCCGCAUUCAUGGCCAGUAUACAUCGAGAAGAGGGUAUGA